AUGAGGGAGGGUGAGGCGAAGCGGAGAUGGAGUGCGACGGGUGAGCAGGUGAGAAUACUGGAGAGAGUUUACAGGGAGGGCACCCACCGUCCCACCACGAUGGAGAUUCACCAUAUCACCGACCUCCUCAGCCGCCACGGAUCUGUCCAAGGAAUCAACGUCUUCUACUGGUUUAAAAAUCGCAAAGCAAGGGAGAAACGAAGCAUGCCCACCAUGCCUGCCUCUGCUCUCACAGGAAAAUGGGGAGGCUUGAAAUUGAACACUGAUGGUAGUGGUCGUGAUCUGAUACAGUGCACUCCGCAGGUUGAUAAUUGCGACUCUGACAGUCCAGUUGUUCAACAUUGGACUGUACGAAUUGAUACGGCGUCAAUUAUUAUCAUCCGUGUUUUCUGCAAAGUACAGACUCAAAUUUUCAAUCAACAGAGUUAA